AUGGCGACUCUUGCCAAUCGCCCGAGAAUCUCUUACCGCCUGCGUUAUCUCUCCAUAUCCUUGAUCUUCCAUUACGUCGACAUCAGUGCUCUGUUCUCGCGAUCUAUCGCUUUCCGACUUAAGACAUGGCUAACACAAGGGCUUUCGUUUCUUAUCUCAAGUCAAGCAAGUGUUACGGAGAGGCAAGCAAAUCCGUCGUCGGAGUCCAUUCUUCCGUCGUGGAGAUCGACGGCGGUGACUUCUGAGUUUCUCCACAACGGACUCCGACGACAGAUUAAUUCCCCGCAAGAACUGCGGCGAUUAGAUGGCGGUAUAAUCGUGAAGAAUCCAGCGGCAAAGAGGAUUCAGCAGGAGGUUACGGAGAUGCAAGCAAAUCUAUCGGAUGAUUUUAUGUCUCUUCCCCUUGAGGCACCGCCAAAGUUUGGCUCUCCUGAACUUCAAGAACUUAUUGAUGAGAUAAUCAAAGAAGCAGCUGAAGCAGUCAAUGUGAGUCCCAUUGCAGGAUUGUUAGCAACGGCUGAGGUUGCGGCAAAAGCUUCUAGAAGUGGUGAGCAAAGGAUUGUCAGAAGAGCAUCUCAGAAACUAGACGAUGACACACUGUUCACGUGGGCGGAGGUUGGGAUCACAAUCACAAUCACAAUCGUGGUUCUUCUCUAA